UCAAUAUAUUAAUAAUUUUUAUUUUCCGCCUUUUACAUUUUUAGUCUCUCAUCCACUAUAUAAAGAAUUACAGGUUCAUUAUAUUCAUCAAAUAACUUAUAAAAAAAAGGAGAGAACUUUUACAUUUUUAUUCUCUCAUUCACUAAAGAAUGAGUAACAAUGAAGGCAAUUUUGGUUGUGGUCGAGAACUGGCUUACCUCCUCAGAGACAAUAUCAAUAAUAAAGUACAAGAUUUUAGAUCUAGGUGCUGUGAUAUGAUUAGAGCAAAUGCAGAAAUUAUACCGACUGAGGAAUCAACUGGACAUGGAAAGCGAUCGACAACAACAGUGAUAGACACAAAAAUCUUUUCUUUUUCAUUCCCUAAGGAUUCCAACGUUACAUAUUUCUCUGAUAUAGAUAAUAUGUUGUCCAAUCUUAAACAUUGGAAAGUACAGUGUCGAAAAAGGAAUUCAGGAAAAUGUGAUACGUACUAUAUUCAUGACGUUAUCAACGGUGGUAAAAAAUUACGAUCAGUUACAGAGGUUGUGAAUCGUUUACUUCCUGAAGGCUAUGCCAAGUUGGAAUCAAGGAAAAGAAAGGGAAAGGACGAUGAGGUUGAUGGUGAAGAUAAUAAGGUUGAAAUCGAGGCAAAGGAUGAAAACAGUCCUAAAGUUAUAAGUGAUUAUUUACUUUUUCCUAAUGCCUUUGUAUCUAGGAAGAAGAGAAAAUAUAAAAAGAGGGUUAAAAAAGAAAAACACGCUCCAAAAGAGAAAAAUAUUGCUCCAAGUUCUCUAGACUCUUCAAAAUUUUCUCCUAAGAUUGAAGCUCAAGUGAACAAUUCGGAAGUUGAAAAUAUUUUUGGUUCUCUAGUCAGCAAGGUCAAAGGAAUUAAUCCUCAAUUUAGAAAUAUUUGUUGUACUCCUGAAAUCGAGGUCAAGGCGAAAUUUUUUGAAUCAGAAGUCAAAUUUUGUCCUCUAAUGUCUGAGCACAAGAAAUUAUCCUCGGAUAAGGUUUACAAUGAAGAUAAUAAUUUUGAAAUCGAGGCUAAGGAUGGAGACAAUCUUAAAGUUAGGAGUGAUGACUUACUUUUUCCUAGUACCUAUGUACCUAGGAAGAAGAGAAACUAUAAAAAGAGGGUUAAAAAAAAAAAGCAAGCUGAAAAAGAGACAAAUAUUUCUCUAAGCUCUCAAAUCUCUUCAACAUUUCCUCCUAAGAUUGAAGACAAAGUGAGCAAUUCGAAAACUGAAAAUGUGUCUUGUCAUCUAAUUGUUAAAGUCAAAGGAAACAACUCUCAAGCUGAAAAUGUGUUUCGUCCUCCUGAGAUCAAGGACAAGGCAAAAUAUUCAGAAUUUGAAAAUAUUUCUUGUCCUUCAAUGUCUAAGAUUAAAGAGAACAAUUCAGAAACGGAAAAUCAAUUUUGUCCUCAAAGAAUGGAAGACAUUGAAAAUAUUUUGGAAGUCGGAAAUAUUUCAAUAGAAACUUUGUUAAACCCACAAGAAGUUCAGGUUGAAUCUUUAUUAAGUAUUCCUGAAGUGCAACCCAUUGAUCAUGUUAAUCAAGGAGUGUUGAAAGAAAUGUUGAUAGCAUGCGAUCAUAAUAAUUUGACAUUAGCGAAGGACGACAAUAACUAUGAAGUAUUGUCUGAAAUUACCGAAGAUUUUUCGGAAAUGGACAAUUUUUUAACCUCGGGCCAGCAAGAUGUUAACCAAAUGGGCCAGGUGGGCCGUACUGAAGAUUCUGGCUCGUGUGGGCUUGAGGAAGUGGGGACUAAAUUAUCUAAGGAUGUUCUAGGUCUAAAGACUUUAAUUUUGGGGCCAACUAAAGGCACUGUUCAUUCUAAUGUUAACAAAGCAUUGAAUGCAUUAGAAAACACUAGCGGUGGAGCGGGGUCCGAAUCUAUUUCUUCCUCUUCUCGUAGCAGUUCUUCUUUCAAAGCUUCUAUGUCAUCAACAAAAUUUUCCGACGGCAUUGUAUUAUGUGGCAGGUCUACUUCUGAUUCUGAUGUUGUUAGGAUUAAUAAGUGGUUAGGGCAGAACGUGAAUAUGGAAGAAGAUUCGGUUGGAGAAGUAACGCAAAAGGUUUGGAAAGGAGCACGUCAUCUGGGAAUGUCUGGGGGAGGUUCGGUGUCAACAAAUUGA